AUGCAAGAAAUCUGGCGUAAGAAGCAAUCUGACGUUAUGCGUUACCUCCAACGUAUUCGCCAAUGGCAAUUCCGUCAAUUGACUACCGUUCAUCGUGUCUCACGCCCAACACGUCCAGAACGUGCUCAUCGUUUAGGUUACAAAGCCAAACAAGGAUUUGUCAUCUAUCGUGUAUGUAUCCGUAGAGGAGGAAGAAAACGUCAAGUUACCAAGGGACAAACUUAUGGUAAACCAAGAACUCACGGAGUUAACGAACUUAAAUACGUUAGAAAUCUUCAAUCUAUUGCCGAGGAGCGUGUUGGACGUAAAUGUGGAUCUCUUCGUGUUCUUAACUCAUAUUGGGUUGGACAAGAUUCCACCUUCAAAUUCUUCGAGGUUAUUCUCGUAGAUCCCUUCCAUAAAGCUAUUCGUCGUGACACAGAAAUACAAUGGAUCUGUAAAGCAGUUCAAAAACACAGAGAACUUCGUGGACUUACAUCAGCUGGAAAGAAAUCUCGUGGACUUGGAAAAGGAGUUGGCUUCUGCAAGACUAUUGGUGGAUCACGCAGAAAGAACUGGAAGAGAAGAAAUACUUUCGUUGCUCGCAGAAAACGAUAA